AUGCGCAUACCGUCUCUCAUGUUGCCAUUGGCACUGACGGUGCUUGCCAAAGCAGUUUUUGCUCAUUUCAUGGUCUCCAAUGCCGACAACUACACCGUACAGGACUGGGAAUACGACAUCCAGCUGGCUAAAGAUGCCCACAUCGACGCCUUUGCCUUGAACAUGGCGUACAACGAAGGCACAGACUCCGUGUCCAUUGCGAGGGCAUUUGAUGCAGCAGAGAACAAGGACUUCAAACUCUUCUUUUCAUUUGACUACGCCGGAAGGGUUCCUUGGCCUCGAGUGGCGGUCAUGAGUACCCUUCAGGCCUACAAAGAAUGGUCAGCCCACUACCGCUACAACGGUCAGCCAUUUGCCUCAACAUUCGAAGGUCCUGAACGGGCUAAAGACUGGAUUGAUAUCAAGGAGGUGACCGGGUGCUUCUUUGUCCCCGACUGGUCCUCUGUGGGCGCCAAAGCAGCCAUGUCGCUCGCCGGAGGCGUAGCUGACGGCCUUUUCAGCUGGGCUGCUUGGCCUUGGGGUCCCCAAAACAUGGACACGUAUGUGGAUGCCUCCUAUUUGCAGUACCUCAACGGCAAGCCCUAUAUGAUGCCCGUUUCGCCUUGGUUUUAUACCAAUCUCCCCCAGUGGAAGAAGAACUGGAUGUGGCGCGGAGACAAUCUCUGGUUUGACCGAUGGCAAGAGGUUAUGUAUGUCCAGCCAGAAUGGGUACAAAUCAUCAGUUGGAAUGACUACGGUAAGUCGCUCUCAUUGUCAGGCAGAACCUGGCCAGUAACCCUGGUUGAAGACGGUAGAAAGGGGCUAACACGACUUUCGACAGGUGAAUCGCAUUAUAUUGCACCAAUUCGCAAGAACGCGCUGGCCGCCAUGAGAAGCGUUCCUUUUGACUAUGUGAGCAACAUGCCCCACGAUGGAUGGCGGGCAUUUCUGCCACAUGUCAGCGACAUGUAUAGGUACAACAUCACGUUAUUCGACAAGGAGGGGGUUACAUUUUGGUACCGGCCUCAUCCUCGGGCGGCAUGUGGGAGUGGAGGAACCACUGGAAACACCGCGUCGCAACUGGAGCUUGAAUUCCCUGCCGCUGAGGUGGCCGCGGACGCUGUUUUCUACACGGCACAGCUGGCCUCCAAAGGCGCAACUGUCACCGUCAGCAUCGGAGACGGCGAAUCUGAUCUUUACCACGGAAACGCCAGUUUCAACGGCCGCACUGGUCCCGUUCAAAUCACGCUUUCCGGGAAGCCUCGUCAAUUGGAACGCUUGGGUUGGCAACGCCAUGUCGUCUGUAUCCGCGGAACAGGUGCCAAUGACUUUGCGGAGCUGUGCGCAUUCUCCUGUUCUUACGGCUACUGUCCCAUCGGGGCAUGUGUGUGCCUCGCCAUGGGUCUCUGUUCAUUCAAUUGCAAUCUAGGCAAGAUUGGAGACAAGGGUUGCCCAUCAAACAUUUGUGGUACUUCAGAAGCGCCACUGGCCAUCCCGACUGUGUCUCCUUUUCUACCAUUUACUUGCACGGGGGGUCGAGGAUCAGCAGGCUGGGAGGGUCUCUGUUCCUACGCGUGCAACUUUGGCUUCUGUCCUACCAAUAUCUGUACCUGUACCCAGACUGGCGCCCUGAACGUGCCUUCCCCCAAGAUCAGGGACACAGUAGGCAGUUCCCUACACCCCAACGUCAACGACUGGAGUCUCUGUGACUUUGCCUGUCCCAGGGGCUACUAUCCCACCCCCUUGGUUGGUUGCUCGCCUCCUUGCAACCUAAUACUGCCACCAUACACGCUCCGCACGCCCACCACCAUCACUUGCCAGCCGCUCACCACCACUUUCGUGGGCAGGUGGGCCUCCAAUUCGGCGCCCGUCACGAUGGUCACCACCAUCACCUUCCCAGCCAUCACUACGACAAGAAUUCCUGUUUUCAACAUCAACAUCACUCAGGCCGCCGUGGACAAAGUCGUGUUCACUGUCACGCCCUCGAUAUUCUGCAUUGAGCCCAUCACAGUUGGUCCACCGCCAGGGAUAACAGUGCCAACCUGGAGCUCGUCCUUGAUUACCUACUCAAUUACAUCGACCCCGACGCCAUCAACAAUUCCCUGGCCGCCCAUAACUACCACCCACAAGACCAAAGUUAGCUUCACAAGCACCAGCUCGGUGAUGCCAACAUGCCAAAGCGGCUGCGGCGAUGAGUGUACACGCAACUGCAAUGACUGUGGCGUUGGCGAAUGUUCCUGCAUGGAUUGUUGCAAGAAUUGCGGUCGUGACAAUCAUGACGGUGGUGGUAGCAUCGGUGGCGGCGAACUUGGAUGCAUCGGUUGGAAAUGUGCCCCCAAUAGCGUACCUCCGCCCGGGCCGCCGCCUCCGCCGGGAGGCAACGGCGGCGGCGAAGGCGGAGGCGGUGACGACAACCCGUCUUGCACCUCCCGAAGCGCCGUUGUCCAUACAACAGUCCACUGCAGACUCUAUUCGACCUCCACCAAGCUCACCAUGGAGACCGCCUGCACAUCCACCGAAUCCUCUACUACCUCUGGCUGCAUGAAGCCCGCAAGAAUGACAACAUACACAUCUUCCAACUGCCCCCGAAGGGCAGCUUAUACGCCGCCGUGGUCUGAUUACACAGGGGCGCUGCCGACUCCCGGUGGGCCUGGAUGGAAUGUGUACACGUGGGUCCAAUCAACUGCUUCAAGGAAAGUGACUUUCCAGGCCACGCAGAUCUUCAGCCCGGUGAUCAGGAUCGGUUCUCGGUUGACUUUAGUAGUCUACGGAACGGGAUGGGUGACGAUGACACCAUCGGGCCCGGGGAUGCCCCGAUUACGCUUCGCAAAACGGGAUAGCAAAGGGGUGAACUAUGACUUUCGUGUUGAGUGGGUGGCCGGGUGUGUUACUACUGUGAAGAGGCAGAGCUUUGGUUUCCCGCUGGGGAUGUCGCAGAGUUUGAUCACUGCUUAUUUGUUGGUGAGAGAGAAUUAUACCAAGUGUAACAACGGUGGUGCGGGCGGUACAUGUCAAGCAGGGUGUCUGUUGUAUACCUUUGCGGGUGCAAGAGGUGGAUCGCCAGGUUUCCGACUGGCAGCCGAGCCGUUAGCAAGUGUGGCUGGCAAUCAGAGCCACUACGUGGUAGGAGAGAAUGGCGGGAUUGUGAUUGAUGAUCCGAAUAAAUCUUGA